AUACCAUUGCCGUCGGUUAUUUUGCAUGGUCGUCCGUGCUGGAAUUCCCGAAGUUCGUGAAUGACUCCCGUCGUUGUUGCGGACAAUUUCGGUGACGUGCAACGUUCUAGGAAUUCGCCGCUCGGGAAAAAAUGUGUUGUGUCGCAAUUUUACCGUGAUGUGCAAUGGCAGAAGACUGCACGGUGGUCAAGUUUUCAAGAGAUCCGUCUCUUGCCCGCAUCGAAAAUUUAAAACAGACAGACAAUGUCGACAAGUUUGCCGAGAACGAGCACAAUUUCGGGGUGUUUUAUGUGACAUGCAUUGCCCUAUCGAUCAUAACCUAUGUCCUAGAUAUUGCACUGGCAUGCAUUCUGCUGUACGUUUAUUAUGUGAACCAAUACAGGGUUGAUUUUGCUCUGACCGUGUCGUUUAUGUUGUUGUCGGCACUCUUUACCACCGCAAUCAGUUUAAGAUGGUACAUUGUCGACCACGACGACCCGUCGCUGGGCAGGACGUCGGUGUUCCACUGGGUGGUGCGUAUCGUGUUCCUGCUGCUGCAACUGUCGCCCCUGUUGCGGUACAUCGACACCCUCAUCUACGGCAUCAAGAGUAAAAUUGCGGGCGCCACCGAUAACGAGAACCAACAGACGACGCUCUACAGGCGGAUGCUGGACGAGGACACGAACGGGGCGUUGCUGAGGCUGUUCCAUUGCUUCCUACAUUCGGCCCCGCAGGCGGUCAUACAGCUAAUGAUCCUGCUGAGGCACAUGUCCAGCUCGGACAUCAACAAAACCAGGAAGGAACUGAGCACGGAUGUUGCUGUCAUCCAGUCAUGGACGGUGUUGGCAGCCCUCAUGUCGAUUGCUUGGUCAUUGACCACUUACCACAGAUCUGUACGAUAUGCCCGGGACGACAAAGACAAAAUUAAAUGGGGAGGAAUCGUAGUUGCUUUCUCCUGGCAGCUUAUGAGUGCUCUGUCCAGAGUGUUGGCUCUUAGCUUGCUGGCUUCCAUAUUCCCCGCAUGGAUGGGAUGCGUCUGCGCCCUGCACUGGGUGGUGAUGUCAGUCUGGCUGACCCUAACUCAACACAAUUCAUCCGCUUGCACGAACCGAUGCGAAGAGUUCUUCCUGUCGGCAGCCUUAGGUUUGGCUUACGUUCUGGCCUUUAUUUCGCCGCGGGACGGUCCAACACGCUACGUCUAUCUGGCGUACUACUUGGUGUGUUUCAUGGAAAAUACGGGAGCCUUGGUCGUUUGGUGCAUUUCAAGUAAUUCCAACGAAAAUCCGUUCCUGUAUUAUGGGGCGGCCAGCGCCCAAGUGAUAGCCUUCCUUUUGGCAAUAGCGUUCCUUAUCAUUUACUACAAGUACUGUCAUCCGUCGCUGAAAAACCGUUCCAAAAUUCCGAGCCUUGAUUCGUCAGAGUGCCUAGAAAUAGACAAGCCUGGCUACAGUAGAUCGUACAACGUGCGGACUAGGUCAUGAUCAAUAGAAUAUGUCUAAUUUAGACGUUACUUGGUGACUGGAGGACUUCGCGGAACUGUGACGUGAUAUUGUUUUUGAAAGAUAAUGACUUUAAUUGGUUCAUUAUACUUUAAAAUAGAUACUAAAAACAAUAGUAGUUUGUUGUGUCUAAAUCAAAAAUAAAACAAAACAGUAUUUUAUAAUUAUUCAAUUUUUAUGUAUCACCGCGAGCCUCCGUAUCAAGUGAACAUCUAAACUAGACAUAUUGUCACCAUAAUAUUUAGUGCACACUACACUAAUGGAAUGUAGAUCCACUUUUACAGAAUAGCUUGUAAGAAGAGGUUAAGAAGCAAUAUUAUGAGAAAACCAGUGUGAUUUUCUAUGUUUCGUUUGACAUUUUUCACUAGUUAAAUUUUGGCCUGCGUCGAUCCAUAUUGAAAUUACGUCAAACGUAAUUUCGAUUCUUUUAAAAAGAGUAAUGGAUCUAAAAUAUUAAUAUUUGUAUUUAUUUAUUUUGAGAGCAGUAUUUGAAAAAUGAGCAUGUGAUAUUUUUUACGACUAAGCUAAUUUAUAAAAAAAUGUAACUGAAUAUAUUAGUGGCACUUGAGCAGAUGAGCCUUUAUUCAAUAUGAGACUGCCAAUGUGUGCCAAGAUGAAUAUUUAUUCUGUGUCUAAUAUUGCCUUAAAUGUAUAUAUACAAUUGUUGAGAGCUUUAAAUUCUAUCGUUUCUUUAUUAAAGAAAUACGUUGCUGUUUGUCAUUCCAGAGAGUUUUACAAAAAGGCUAUUUACAUGAAAGUGGAAUUAUUGACAAAAUGCAUAAUGCACCUAUAAAAGUAAUAUAAAUUUUGUGUAAUUGACGCCUGUAUAUAAGUUAAAUAAAUUAAGUGUGCCACACAGAAUCAUAUUUUUCUAUAAAGAUCUAUAUUUAUUACUGAUUUCCCUAUAAAAAUAGUAUACAAAUAAUAUUUGAUCAACAAUUGUUAUAUUGUCUAAGUUAUAUUUCCAUGGGUUCAUGUACUAUCGCGUUCAUAAGUGGUCUGCCACUUCAAUGACGUCAGGCCGUAAACGGUCACAUUCAGUAUUACCGUGCACUGCCGACUCGAUGUGGUGGGGAGUCGGCACUGCCGAGACGGCAGAUACAGAAUGUGACCGUUUACGGCCUGACGUCAUUGAAGUGGCAGACCACUUAUGAACGCGAUAGUACAUCUCUGAUUUUUGUAAAAGAUAUGACCGGAAGCAUUGUAAAUAACGAAAGAGCCUUAAAUGUGAGUAAUAAUAUAUAUUCAGAACUGAUAUUUUACUUAUGACUGUUGUACAGGGUAAUUUAUUAACGCGGGGAUUUGUUUUUACUAAAGAAUAAAACAAAGCUGAUGUUUGUCAUAGAAUCAGCUCUCAUUUGACAAUGAAUCAUCCUGUAUCACAAUUUUACACUUCUUCUAAAAAAAUUAUACAGCGGUUGUACUUAAUCCUAUAAAGGAUAAUGUCAGGGUAUUUUUAGUCUUGUUUUAAUAUAUUUUUUGAUUUAAAAUUUCCGGAAACAAGAUAAAACUUAAAAAUUUAUUUAGGUACUAUUUUCUGUGAUAAUCGUUAUUUCUUUUCCCCAUCUUAUUGUUUUGCACACUAACAUUGAUGUGUUCAAAUUUCCUUAAAUAAUUUUUAGAAGCCUAUUAUUCACAGUGUCGUCGAUCAAAAGUUAAAGAUUGCAUAAGGGAGAUCGUUUAAAUAUGCUAAAAUUUAUCUAAUGUCUUGUGUGUACAGAUAGAAGUAUAAACCGACGUCCUAAAUUAGCAAGCGAAGAUAACUGCCACCGUUUUUGUUUGAAUUUGAAUGUUGAGUGAUAAACGUUUAAUGCUCUGAGAUAAUAAAAAGUACCUAUGCAAGUUUUUCAAGCCUAAAAUUGUUAAUUUAAGGGAACAAUAUUAAACAUAAAUUUAUAUUUUGUAUUUGAAAAUGUUGUAUUAUAGAAAUAUGUAUUAUAUUAUUUAUAUAAGUGUUGACAUUCUUAAUAAAUUAUUCACUAAACUGA